AUGGGCGACUUCAACUACGGCGGUUCUGACGAGGAAAAUGCCGAAAUCAAGCGUCUCAAUGCCGAGCUCGACUCGGAUCCAGACAACUUCGAAAACUGGGAGAGGCUAGUUCGGACUUGCGAGAACCUCGAGGGCGGCUUAAACCGCAAUUCCAGCCCUCAAGCCCUGGCAACGCUUCGCGAUUCGUACGACCGUUUUCUGCUCAAGUUUCCGCUCCUCUUUGGUUACUGGAAGAAGUAUGCCGACCUCGAGUUCAACAUUGCCGGCCCUGAGGCGGCAGAGAUGGUCUAUGAGCGGGGCUGCGCCAGCAUCACCAACUCGGUUGACCUCUGGACCGAGUACUGCUCUUUCAAGAUGGAGACAACUCACACUCCCCACCUGGUGAGAGAGCUCUUUGAGCGUGCUGCCACGCAUAUCGGCCUGGACUUCUUGUCUCACCCCUUCUGGGACAAGUACCUGGAGUACGAGACUCGGCAGGAGGCACAUGAUAGGAUUUUCGCCAUCCUUAAGCGUGUUAUUUAUAUCCCGAUGCAUCAGUAUGCUCGCUACUAUGAGCGUUUCCGGCAGAUGGCCCACACUCGCCCUCUUCAUGAGCUGGUAUCGUCCGAUGUUCUCAUCCGGUUCCGCGCUGAAGUCGAGGCCGAGGCUGCUCAGUUUGCCAUGCAGAAGACCGAGCUCGAAAUCGAACGUGAUAUCCGGGCUAAGAUUGAUGCCUACUACUACCAGGUCUUUCAGACAACGCAGACUGAAACCAACAAGCGUUGGACGUUCGAAGCCGAGAUCAAGCGUCCUUAUUUCCACGUUACGGAGCUCGAGCACGCGCAACUGGCCAACUGGCGGAAGUACCUAGACUUCGAGGAGGCAGAAGGCAAUUACCACCGUAUUGUUGCCCUCUAUGAGCGCUGUCUCGUCACCUGUGCUCUUUAUGAGGAAUUUUGGUUCCGGUAUGCCCGCUGGAUGGCUGCUCAAGAGAAGAAGGAAGAGGAGGUCCGCAAUAUUUAUUUGCGUGCAUCUACUCUCUUUGUUCCCAUCAGCCGGCCUGGUAUCCGUAUUCAAUUUGCCCAGUUCGAGGAAGCCUGUGGCCGUGUUGACGUGGCCAAGGAGAUCUAUGCAUCUAUCCUUACCAAGCUUCCCGAUUGUGUGGAGGCGAUUGUUGCGUGGGCCAACCUUCAACGGCGCCAGAGUGGGCUUGAUGCGGCAAUCGAGGUUUACAAGAGGCAGAUUGACUCAACGGAGGUUGAUCUCUACACCAAGGCGGUUCUUGUGGCUGAAUGGGCAUACUUGCUCUGGAAAGUGAAAGGCUCGCCCGAGGAGGCGCGCACAGCCUUUGUUAAGAAUGUGGAGUGGUACGCCAACAGCCGGCACUUCUGGCAGAAGUGGCUUGAGUUUGAGCUUGCUCAGCCCACCAACGCGGAGUUGGAGGCCAAGCAUGCGGAACGCGUCAAGCAUGUUUUCACUGAGAUGCGCACAAAGAGCCACCUGUCCCCUGCUGUUAAGCAGGAGCUGGGUCAGAUUUACAUGAAUUACCUGCAGCAGCGGGGUGGCAAGGAUGCUAUGAAAGAGUUCCUGAUCAUUGAUCGGGAGUUGUUUGGUCCUCAGUCCGUCUCCGCCAUCACCAGGGCGAAGUUUGGCAAAGAGAAUGGUGGACUCUCUGAACUGGAUGAGGCGACCCGACUACGGGCCGAGAGGCGUUAUUACAACUACUAUGAGUUGUUCUAUGACCCCGAUCCGAACGCUACAGGUCCAGCCAGCUUUGAAUAA